AUGACGACCAUGGGCACCAUGUCCAACUCCUCAUCACCCGGACUAGCAACUGCCUCCACAGUGACCCCGCAGAACUUGGAAGCACCACAAGCAAGCGCACCCAUCCUAAAUAAUACCAUCGAUCCACAGCAGCAGCAACAGUCACUCCAGCCGUCCUCAUUAUGCCAGCAAUCCACUAUGGGGAAUCCUGCCGUCCUUCAGCACUCAAGUAAUCUCUACACAUCAGAUGGACAAGGUCUUGGCAGCUCUUAUGCAAUGGAGGGAGUAGUACUUUCAGGAUCACCUACAUCAGCAGGACAAGUCUUUGUACCGGUAUCCAAUGCACAGCAGCAACAGCAGCAGCAGCAUCAGCAGCAGCAGCAGCAACAGCAGCAGCAGCAUCAGCACCAGCAACUUCAGCAACAACAACAGCAGCAGCAGCAGCAGCAGCAUCAGCAUCAGCAUCAGCAUCAGCAUCAGCAUCAACACCAGCAACAACAGGCAGCAGAGAUGCAGCAAGUAUUGCAACAGCAGCAACAGCAGCAGCAGAUGAUCCAUGCCCAACAACAGAUGCAACAGCAACAUCAGCAACAUCAACAACAGCAACAGCUUCAUAUGCAGCAAAUGCUCGACACUUCUCAACUGGUCAUGCAGCCUUCAGAAGGUAUCUCACCCCAAGAUCUUCAAACAACGCAUGCACAGCAGCAAAUACAGCUUCAACAGCAACAACAGCAACAGCAACAUCAACUCCAUCAACAGCAACACCAGCAGCAACAGGCGUUGGCGUCGGCGUCGGCAUCACUCCCUGCUAGUCCGUCACAACAGAACCAGACUGUCCUCGUGAGCUCCCCGCUUGUGUCGCUGGAUGCGCAGGUAAUGGCGCAGAUGAGCCCCAUGGCAUUUUCACAAGCUGUUGGACCUCAGACGCAGUUCCUGCCUACGGAUCAGCAGCAGCUUCACCAACAACAGCAGCAGCAGCAACAACAACAGCAGCAACAACAACAGCAGCAACAACAACAACAGCAGCAACAACAACAGCAGCAACAACAACAUCAGCAGCAGCAGCAACAGAUCCAGAUUCAGCAACUCCAGCAGCAACAACACCAACAGCAUAUUCAACAGCAACAACAACAUGCUCAGCAGGCGCUGGUCAGCAGUACGCCUCACUCUGAGGCGCCUUCAGCUCAGAGUGGGAUCAUGACACAGGGACCGAUUAACGCCCAGUCCAGGCAGGAGACGCCCGUUAUUCCAUCCCAGCAGCCAGUGAUCCCGUCUCGUGGAAUGCAUCGCCACCAGCUUUCGUUCGACGGGCACGUUGCGCCUCCAGUUGAUCUUCAGUUGUUGACUGCCCAGAUGCAGCAACGCCAACAGCAACAGCAACAGCAGCAUAUACAGGAGCAGCUUCAGCUUCAGCAACAGCAGCAGGAUAUGAUGGCAGCAGCAGUCAUGGCGUCUGUUCAGCAGGGCGUCCUUACGCCAGUCGACAGCAGUAUUGCCAACAUGAUGGUUCCUACGAUGACUCCAGUCCACCCAGUCAGCAGCAUGCAGGAUCUUGGAGCAAUGAGCACACCCGUCGCCAACCCUCACCUAAUGGGCGGAGUGUCUCAGCAGCAGCAACAGCAGCAACUUCAGCAUGCGCCUCAGCAGCCAGUACUUCCAAUGCAGAUCAAGAUCGAACCAGGACAUGUGAGCCACCCUUCGAUCCAUUCAGCAGGACCCAGCACUCCAAGCGAAAUGGGCUACCCGAUUCCACUUUCAUCUGCCGAGGCAAUGACCGGCUUCACACCUAUGGUGCCGUCGAUGUAUCCAAUAAGCGCCACCACCACGCCGGCCUUCACGCCACCUGAAGGAGUCAUUGCCUCUCUCGCCGACCCAUCGAAACGUCACCGCCGUCACCCAUCAUCUGGCCACCACUCUCCGGAGCUGCGGAUCAUGUUUCAAAAGCAGGAGUUCUUUCAGCAGCAGCAGCAAAAAAUGGCAGCCAAGGAGCAAGUGUUGUUUGAGACCACUCGGAGAGUGGAGGUUGAGCCCCACCAGACGCGUUCCCCGAGAGCAGCUGCAGCAGCAGGACUCAAAAUCAACGUUGCCGAUAUCCAAGCCCGUGCAAUGCCCCCAUUGUCAGCACUGGUGUCUCCCAAUGACUCUGGUCACAUAUACUCACCUAAUCCGCUCUCUAGCCAGUCUCCCUCCAUGGCCCCGAUCCCGAACUCGUUGAUGGAUACAAUUAUGGAAGUCUCCUCGAACUUCCAGCUGCAGAAUCUGGAUGAUCCCAAGCCCGCCUUGCCAGGAGGAGAGUCCAAGACUGAGAGCAUGGAUGUAACGGAGGGUCCAUCGACAAGGACUGAGCUGGCCGAGAUGUCGAAGCAGGAGCUCAUUGAGAAAGUCAUGGAAUACGAACGACAGAUGGAGGGCUCGCUGCCUACACGGAGGUUGAGUAAUGCCAAAUCUGAGACCGGACCGUCUGAUGAGAUGCCAGCUGUCUCGCAAACAGUCGCGUCUCCUCAACAGCAGUAUCUGCAGCAACAGCAGCAACAGCCUCAGAUCUUGACGUUUUCGCCCACACCGUCCAUAGUAUCGUUGGCAGGAACCCCAGCACCUAACGCAUUGGAAGCUCCCAAGAUCACAACGGCAGAUCGGAAAAGUGCCUCGCCACAGCUUGCACCCAAGAAUGUCACGUCGCCCGCCAACGCCCCUGUGGCUGCUCCAAACCAAAACGACGACGACGAAGAUGAAGAUGAAGGCGAUGAAGAGGAAGACGAGGAAGACAUGGAGGAUGACGAUAACGAGGACGACGCUGAUGGAGAUAAGGCCGCUACGCGUGUCGCCAAGCAGCAAAAUGUCAUAUCAGAAACUACCGCCGACGUUGCCGAACCCCCACUGCAGUUGGUUUGUCUUUGGAGGGAUUGCGAUACGCCCUUUGAGACCAUGGACCAGUUGAACGAGCAUGUUACGGAGCAGCAUAUUGGCAGUGGCAAGGCGUGCUACAGCUGCGACUGGCAGGGAUGUCACCGGAAACAAAAGCCCUUCACAAAGAGGCACAAGAUGUACAACCACUUGCGCACCCACACUGGCGAGCGGCCUUUCAGAUGUCUUGUCCCAGGAUGUGACAAAAAGUUCUCGAGACCGGACUCGUUGACGACUCACACCAAGACGCACUCCAACAUCCGACCAUAUGUCUGUCCUGUGGAAGGCUGCCCCAAGGCCUAUUAUCACGCCCGGUCGCUCAAGAAGCACGAGUUGGCGCAUGAAACCAAGCGUGGUGGACACCACAGAGCCUUGCGUGGACCUGGGUCGAACGCGACUGCACAGUCAUCCUCAUCAGGAGAGACCGGUAGUAGCUCUGUGACUGUGACAACUCCAGCAACAGCACCUCCCCAGCAACAGCAACAGUACUCGCAUUUCAACCAUCCUUACCACCCCGACUUUACUUCUGGGUCAGGGAGAGCAGCAAAACAUCAUGGGCACCAGCGCCAGCUCAGUCAGACUGCAGGAUUCAACCUGGCCUUAACAACCGACCCAUCUGUCGCUACUGGACUAUUGUCGGCUGCCUCUGUUUCGUCUGGAACCAAUUCGCCUAGCCCGGGAGGCAUGGGACCAGGGCAGGGAUUCAAUCCUGGCUUUAACCCUUCAAUGACGAUCAUCAAGCCCUCGCUAUCGAGCCACUCGUCGACGUCUUCGGUACCAUCACUCUCGAUGGUUAUGAACAACGCCUCGCUCGGAUCGCUCGAUGGUCAGCCUUCGAUGGGCACCAACCCAGCUUUUCACCAUCAGCAUGCUCAAGGAGUUCAAGGAGUUCAUGUGGUGUCGAUGCCUUCGACAAACAAUAGCCAUCAGACGACACCUACAGGAUCACCUGGGUUUCAGUCAGCGGUCCCUUCGUCGACCUUGACGGGCCCGCCUGCUCCUCCUGGAGUCAACGCCAAUGUCCCGUUAACGAUCCCCAUGUCGAUGGCGAUGCCGAUGCAGAUGGAUAUGGCUAUGGCAAUGAAUGCUGUCGGUCUUCAGGGAGUCUCGUCACCACCAGCACCUAUGGCAGUCAUGCCACCUAUGCCACCGGCUGCUAUGCAUAUGGGAAUGGCCCAUCCUCAAGUUCAAGGCGGGGUGGAGACCAUGGCACCCUCGGGUGUGAACGGAAGCCAAUUGUACACGAUGAUGCCAGCAGGAGCCAACGGCGGUGUUGCGCCAGCACCGGGGAUGAUGAGCGGGAUGGAAAUGCCAGUGUCCAAUGCUCCAGUGACUCAUAUGUCGCCGGCCGGCCCUGAAUCAGGUGUGCCAAUGGUGCCUCAUCCUAUGUAA